AUAAGAAAGGAAGUUUAGCUUUUCUGCCCGUGGACACUGCCGAGUAAGCAUCGUUGACGUCUCCGCCCUCCACUGCCGUCAUGUCUAAGUCAGAGUCUCCCAAAGAGCCCGGACAGCUGCGGAAGCUCUUCAUCGGAGGUUUGAGCUUUGAAACAACCGAUGAGAGUCUGAGGAGCCAUUCUGAGCCAUGGGGAACGCUCACAGACUGUGUGGUGAUGAGGGAUCCAAACGCGAAGCGCUCCAGAGGCUUCAGGUGUGUCACCUACGCCACUGUGGCGGAGGUGGAUGUGGCCAUGAAUGCAAGGCCACACAAGGUGGAUGGAAGAGUUGUGGAACCAAAGAGGGCCGUCUCAAGAGAAGAUUCUCAAAGACCUGGUGCCCACUUAACUGUGAAAAAGAUUUUUGUUGGUGGCAUUAAAGAAGACACUGAGGAACAUCACUUAAGAGAUUAUUUUGAACAGUAUGGGAAAAUUGAAGUGAUUGAAAUCAUGACUGACCGAGGCAGUGGCAAAAAGAGAGGCUUUGCUUUCGUAACCUUUGAUGACCAUGACUCCGUAGACAAGAUUGUCAUUCAGAAAUACCACACUGUGAAUGGCCGCAACUGUGAAGUAAGGAAAGCCCUAUCUAAGCAAGAGAUGGCUAGUGCUUCAUCGAGUCAGAGAGGUCGAAGUGGUUCUGGAAACUUUGGUGGUGGUCGUGGAGGUAGUUUUGGUGGGAAUGACAACUUUGGUCGUGGAGGAAACUUCAGUGGUCGAGGUGGCUUUAGUGGCAGCUGCGGUGGUGGUGGAUAUGGUGGCAGUGGGGAUGGCUAUAAUGGAUUUGGUAAUGAUGGAAGCAAUUUUGGAGGUGGUGGAAGCUACAAUGAUUUUGGCAGUUACAACAAUCAAUCUUCAAAUUUUGGACCCAUGAAGGAAAGGAACUUUGGAGGCAGAAGUUCUGGCCCCUAUGGCGGUGGAGGCCAAUACUUUGCCAAACCAUGAAACCAAGGUGGCUGUGGCGGUUCCAGCAGCAGCAGUAGCUAUGGCAGUGGCAGAAGGUUUUAAUUACUGCCAGGAUACAAAGCUUAGCAGGAGAGGAGAGCCAGAGGAGUGACAGGGAAGCUACAGCUUACAACAGAUUUGUGAACUCAGCCAAGCACAGUGGUGGCAGGGCCUAGCUGCUACAAAGAAGACAUGUUUUAGACAAUACUCAUGUGUAUGGGCAAAAAAAACUUGAGGACUGUAUUUGUGGCUAAUUGUAUAACAGUUUAUUUUAGUUUCUGUUCUGUGGAAAGUGUAAAGCAUUCCAACAAAGGGUUUUAAUGUAGAUUUUUUUUUUUGCACCCAUGCUGUUGAUUGCUAAAUGUAAUAGUCUGAUCAUGACACUGAAUAAAUGUCUUUAAAAAAAAAAAAGAAAGAAAAAAAAAAGAAAGGAAGUUUAUCUGUGGUCUUAAGAAUUGCAAUUCAGGGGACUUCCCUGGUGGUGCAGUGGACACUGGUUUGAUCCCUGGUUCUGGGAAGAUCCCACAUGCCAUGGAGCAACUAAGCCUGUGCCCCACAACUACUGAGCCCUCAUGCCACAACUACUGAAGGCCACACGCCUAGAGCCCAUGCUCCGCAGCAAGAGAAGCCAUUGCAAUGAGAAGCCCACGCAUGACCAUGAAGAGUAGCCCCUGCUCGCCACAACUAGAGAAAGCCAGCGUGCAGCAACACAGACCUGAUGCAGCCAAAAAGUAAAUAAAGCCAUAAAAAAAAUGAAUUGCAG